AUUCAUAGUCAUAUGAUCAAACAAAAAUGGCGGACUCGUCGGGAAAAGUUACAGGAGUUGAUUCGAAUGCUAUUUAUUAUGAAGUAUCUCCAACGAUUAUAUGUAUUCUCCGCCUAUACAACGUGUUGACGCUACUGAUGGUUCUGAUCUCAUUUACUAUAUGCAUAGUUCAAGGAAUCAAGGAAGAUAGCUCACACUUUCUGCUUGCAAUAAAUCUUUUACUCAGUGGAAUGGUCAGUAUAGUCUGUAAUUGGUGGUACAGAAAGAGUGAAUUGAGUGCAGACAAGUACUGGUACAUAUUCCUGGUGUCGUCGAUCAUCAUCUUCCAGGCCAUAACCACUGACGUCUAUGCCUUCCAUAAAGCCCCUCCCCCCAUCACGCCGCCUCCCACCCACCGCACGUUCCCCACCACCCCCUACACCGGGACCACAAUGACUUGGAGGACCAUAGUAACGCCCACAACCAUGGGACCCACCGUCGGGAAAUAAAGAGGAGGAGGAAAAGGAGUAUUGAAUGACAUGCAUGUGGCAGAGCCUUCGUUUAGGGAAUGGCACAAUCCAACAAUGGCUGGAAAUACAGACUGUGAUACAUAUAUAUUCUCUUUGAACAUUUUGUUAAACAUUCAAAUUUAAAAACGUGCAAAAUUACAUGAACUAUGUUUGUAAAACUAUUUGUUUAUUCAUAAAAUUACACAUGAAAUGUGA